AUGAAAUCAUCACCUCACAGCCACGUCCUUCCAUGGGAGUCCUCCGUGGCCAUAUCGCGCGCCAAAACCCGCAAAGCAAAGCAAAGCAAAGCAAAGGAUGACUCUGCUUUGGAAUACACCAAACCAAUCAGUGUCCCGGGCGCAUUCCCCACAACAAGUCCUACAGAAGAACCAACAAUACCUACACGCCAAACACUGCCCGGUAAGGUCUUAAAGCUGUUCGUACGACAACAGCUCGGCGAUUUAGCCCAGCUUGGAGAGGAAGGCGUAAUGGGGUUUCAAGAUGAGACUGGUUCGAGUUCGGGAUCAAAUGUCAAACACGGGGGAGGUGGAAGUGGAACUGGGGAUGAUGGGGAUCCACCCAUAACCAAAACCUGA